AUGGAAACGUCGCCAGGAGUUGUUACCAAGCAAGGCAUCUGGCCAGGCCCCAUUACAGUCGUUGGGACGGGCCUUCUGGAUCGAGUCACCUUUUUCGACCACAGCAAUCGAAGCUACGCAAAUUACGGAACCUAUCACAACACAUUCAUAGAUGCGCCGAUAAUAACUUCUGGCGGCCUCCUGACCCACUAUCAGCCCCCCCCUAGGCAGCUGGCAAGCAACUCGGGCCAGUUGUGGUCCGCAAAUGAUGCAUAUUAUGCUUCGGCUUCUUUUAAGACGACAAUUGGAUCGGUUCGGACCGGCUUCACUGAAGAACAACGGAACAAAGUGAGAGCCCACGUUCAAGUAGCGAGGCAAAGUGGGCUCAGGUCCAGGUACUGGGAUAUCCCUGACUGGCCUAUCGGAUACAGGGAUUACAUCUGGAAGGUUUUGAUUGAGGAGAAAGUUGACAUGCUUAACGUGGAUGAUUUAGAAAGUGCUGCUCGUCGGGGUUGGACGCAAGGUUAUCUAAGAGAUGUGCUUUGGAUGUCGCUAGUGUCCACAUACCUACUCGGCCGCACUGUUUUUGUCUUGUUUUUAUUUAGACGCCUAUUAAAGAGACAGUGUAGAUGCUAG